UCAGUUAAUUAACCAUUGUGAAUUCAGUGAGAGAUAACUGAAUAACUUUAUAGUAAAUGAUUUACUGAAAAUAGUCAUCAAUCCAACUGAACUGAUUCAGUUCAAAUGCAAUUUCAAUCAGUUUUCACGUCAGUUACUAGGAGAACAAAUUUGAAAGACCUACUCAUUUACAAAUUCAACAACAUCAUUGAUAUUAAACCAGGAUUAAGGUGAAAUAAGAGGGGGAAAUGUGUGAUUAAUAUCCAGUAAUUUAAUCUUUCUUUAACAUUACACCAAACUGCUUGAGGCAAGCCAGUACAAGGAUGGGAAUUUCACUCUCUCCAUUAUCCUGAGCCUGUUUCCCUGAAACCUAAGACUAACAACCUAUUCUAUAUUACUUACCACUCAGAAAUAACCCUAACACACCAGUAUGCGCUUCAUUUAAGCAAAUGAUCCUUUUAAAAUAAAGUAAUUAUUAAAAAUAUGGAACAUAUCUAGAGAGAACUAUAGUGUCAAAGUUUGUGGUCUUAAUUAGUUUAACAAUAAACCUUAGAUCCCCAGCUUACUUUACCUUUACCUAUUAAAACAUACACACGCACACACGCACACACACACACACACACACACACACACACACACACACACACACACACACACACACACACACACACACACACACACACACACACACACACACAGAUAAUUGGAUGAUGUCUUUAGCACAGAAGGCAUCCACCUACCCUCAUUUUGGAUGCACUGAUUGGUUCAUACAAAGCAGGUAUACUUGCAGCAUGCCACAAAAGAUUUCAGAUUUCUCUCUGUAUUAGAAAGUGUAUGUAUUUUAACUUAUGUCUAACUUACUAGAACAUUAGGCAUCUAAUCAGAGAUGCAUCUUCCAGGGACACUGUUCAUCUUUGUAACGCUGUUUUCAGUGGCACAGGUAAUAGAAGCUACUACUGCAAACUGUAAUAUAACAUCAAUAUUAUCACCCACUGCAUCGUCUCUGCUUGUAAAAUGGAACACUUUCCCAGGUGCAUCAAGCUAUACUCUGGAUGUCAGGGCUGUGAAUUCAAACAUCACAGCACCUAUCACUAUUACACUCGCUGCAUCCAUUGCGGAGAGACUGGUCCAGGGUUUAAGACCAGGACAAAUUUAUCUAGUGACUUUUAGAGUGUUUGUGUUAAACCAUAUGUCAUGCAUCAACUCAAUGACAGCACAGACAAUUCCUGCCACCUCGCAAAUAACAUAUUCGAAGGCAAUAUCAAGCACCUCGAUCAGGUUUGAGUGGUCCAGUGCGCAAGGAGCCGAUAAAUACAUUUUGGUGGUGAAUGGAACUUUCCAUCCUGAGACUCAAAACCUCACAUUCACCACGCUAAGUGGACAGGUAGACAACCUCCAGGAAGCCACGUCAUACAGCUGUUAUGUUUAUUCCGCCAAUUCUGCAGGACUCGGCUCCAAGAGCCUUGUCAAAACCAUCAGAACGUUGGUGCAGCCACCAAAUAACGUAGCCGUGAGAGAGUUACCGCAGAACAUGGCUCACGUAACAUGGAACAGUGUUUCAGGCGUCGUGCUCUACCAGGUGUCAGUGACAGCCAAUAACAAGCCGGGAUUUCCCCUGUUUCUUAAGAACGUCACUGGUACCGCUGUGAAUAUCUCAAACCUGGAGCCUUGUACAACAUACACAAUAGGGGUUGCAUCCAUCAACAUGUUCCUGGAACCAGGAGAGUUCACCAACGUCACCUUCUUAACUUCUACCAUUUCAACAGCUUCCUCCAUCUCUGUGGAGUACAGCUGUCUUACUUCUACAGCAGUGGUCAGUUGGGAUGUGGUUUUUGGUGCAACGUUGUACAAUACCGUCAUUACAGAUGGUCAAGGCCGGUCGUUCAACUGCACUUCCACGGACACCACCUGCCAGUUCUUGACGCUGGUCUGUGGAGAACGAUACACUGUACGGAUUACAGCCAUUGCUAACUGUGAAAGCACUUCUGAUGGCAGCUACGUCUUUGAGACAGCACCCUGCUCACCCAAAGCACUAAAGCUGUACCGUGAGUGCUCCACUAAUGUCAUCUUGUUAUCGUGGGAUUCCACCAACAACACAGCUUACUACUUCGCAAUAGCUGUGGACUCGAACCAACUGGUAACUGAAUGCCUCACUGUGGACACUGCCUGUUAUUUCACUGACACCGUCUGUGGUCAAACCUACAGCUUCUAUGUCAGAUCCAUCUUCUCCGGAGGACUAGACUGCAACAGUGGAUACACAGACGGUGUGGUAAUCAAAACAUCCCCAUGUUUACCGCAGAACAUUUACACAAUAGCAAACUGUGAUAGCAUCAGCAGUGCCGUCAUUACUUGGCAUGAGGCCGCAGGAGCCGAGACCUACAUUGUGGAGGCCCGUGGUAAUCGUAAAGAUUUCUACAACUGUUCGUCUACAAACACAAGCUGCACGCUAACAGAUCUGGUUUGUGGCGAGAGCCUGAGCGUGUGGAUUGUUGCCACAAAUGGUGACUGUACUACUGAUCCUGUGCUGGGAGAAGUGGCAGAGACAGUUCCCUGCAUACCUCAGAACGUGUCCGCUGUGAAGACUUGUAGUUCAGAAUCUGCCUCUCUCACAUGGAACAAUGCCAACGGUGCCAUCUUGUACAUUGGAACGGCAACUCACAUAGAUGGUACAGUUCACACCUGCGCUGCCAUGGCGGCAGAGUGCACAUUCCCAAACCUGCGAUGCGGCGAGACGUAUGAUGUGAAAGUCAAGGCAACUAACCUGCAAUGCAACAGUUCUGAGAGUCAACAUGUCACCCUGCAGACGGCUCCAUGUGCUCCAGUCAGUGUGGUGGUCACUAGAGACUGUGCAGCAAAUCACGUGAUAGCAAGCUGGCAGGCCCUUCAGAAUGGGAGUCUGUACACGGCAGUACUGCAGGAUGAACAUGGACCCACAGUCAAUUGCAGCACCAGCUCUAACAACUGCACAUUCACAAACCUGCUCUGUGGAAUGAACUACAACAUCACAGUCACAAGGAAUGAUGGUCAAUGCAGGAGUCUGCCAUCCACACCCAUUCAGAUACAGUCAGCUCCCUGUGACCCUCAAAACAUCACAACUGUGCUCCAGUGUGACACCAACACGGCCAACGUGACUUGGGCUGCCAGCGCAGGAGCUAAUGGGUACACAGCAAUGGCAACAGACAGGCAGCAGCAACGCUUAGCUUCUUGUCAAUCUAUGGGAACUUCCUGUCAGCUGACCUCUCUGCCGUGUGGGAUAAGACUAAAUGUGACUGUUCAAGCUGAUGGCACCACCUGCAACAGCAGCUCUCAACCUAAAGCUGUAGUGGAAACAGCUCCCUGCAUUCCCACCAAUGUUUCUGCCACUCUAAACUGUACAUCCAACAUUGCUUCCAUCACCUGGCACAGUGCACUUGGUGCCACUUGGUACUUGGUAAAGGCGGUAAGCAGCCAAGGGUACAAGACGUCCUGCAACAACACUGUCACACACUGUGAUAUGCCAAACCUGCAGUGUGGCCAGGAAUAUUCCAUCACAGUCACGGGCAUGAAUGGUGUCUGCAUGGGCCCGGCUAGCCAGCCUGUCACUCUCGUCUCAGCACCAUGCCACAACACUGGCAUUCAAGCCAGUCUGGACUGCCGCACCAACUCAGCACUCAUUUCUUGGACACCAGGCAAUGGUACAUUAAGUUUCAAUGCAACAUUACAGUCGUUCCAGGACCCCCAAAAGCACAGCUGCUUCACCAACGGCUCCUCCUGCAACAUCGGCUCACUGCCGUGUGGUCAGCACUAUAACAUCAGUGUUACAGGAUACGGCCAGACCUGUUCAACCUGUUCUAAAACUUUGGUCACUCUAGACACGGCUCCAUGUGUUCCCACUAAAGUCAAUGUGUCAUUAUCCUGUGGGUCGGACACUGCAUCUGUUUUCUGGGCAGCAUCUAGUGGCCGUGUUUCAUACUAUACAGUAACAGCAGUAGAUGAUAAUGGACAUACGCUAACCUGCAACUCCAGCAGCACUUCCUGUGACAUCAGCGGCCUGUCAUGUGGUCAGGCGUACAAUGUGUCAGUCACAGCUAUGAGUGUGGACUGCACUGGGCAACGUAGUGAAGUGCGUCGCAUCAGUACUGCACCCUGUGCUCCUCAGUCUGUGGUCAGUCAGCUCUUAGACUGUCGAACAGGUGAUGUUCAGAUUAGCUGGCAGUCGAGUAAAGGGGCGCAGAUCUACUAUGCUCAAGCAAAAUCCUCUGACAAGACUCUGGUGUGUAACUCCACCUCCACGUCCUGCAUAAUCCCUGCAAUUGGCUGUGGGCAGACGUACAAUAUCACUGUGAUUGCAGAGGCCAACGGCUGUAGCUCCAACGCCAGUGUGACCAGUCAGGUCACGGCAGCCCCAUGCCCUCCACUGAAUAUCCAGUCUAUAAUGAGCUGUGACAGCAACACAGCAAGUGUGUCUUGGUCCAGUGGCAAUGGAGCUCUGUCCUUUAUGAUGAGACUGGAAUGCUCUAAUGGACAGACGUACAUCUGCAGGACCAAUGAAACAGGAUGUAACAUCACUAAUAUGGCAUGCGGACAGACAUGCACAGUUAAGGUAGUGGCAUUGGGACGUUCCUGCAACAGCUCUGAAGGGACUGGAUCACCUGUCAUAACAGGUCCUUGUGUACCACAAAAUGUGUCGGCCAGUGUAAGCUGUAGCAGCAACAUAGCAAGUGUAACCUGGGGGAGCAGCCAAGGGGCAGAGAUUUACACAGUGACAGCCAGCAGUGCUAAUGGCCUUUCAGCUAACUGCACCUCAACAUCCACUUCCUGUAACCUGUUAACUUUGACCUGCGGACAGUCUUACACAAUCACAGUGAAGGCAAAAGGCAGCAACUGCAGCAGUGGGAACAGUGCGCCUGUUCAAGUUCAAGCAGUGCCCUGCACCCCAAGUAAUGUCCUGCCCACCGUGGAUUGUGUCACAAAUGCUUUAGUGGUAUCAUGGACACCUGGUGCAGGAGGACAGUAUUACACAGCUACAUUGCAGGACAGCAAUGGACUGUCCACCACCUGCCAGUCUACGGGCUCACAGUGUAAUGUGACAGGGCUCAGGUGUGGUCAGCUGUACCACGUCAAUGUUACGGCGUCAGAUGGUCUGUGCAGCAGCCCUCCCAGUGCUACUGUGAACACUAACUCAGCUCCCUGUGACCCUCAAAACAUCACAACUGUGCUCCAGUGUGACAACAACACGGCCAACGUAACUUGGGCUGCCAGUGCAGGAGCUAAUGGGUACACAGCAAUGGCAACAGACAGACAGCAGCAACGCUUAGCUUCUUGUCACUCUAUGGGAACUUCCUGUCAGCUGACCUCUCUGCCGUGUGGGAUGAGACUAAAUGUGACUGUUCAAGCUGAUGGCAUCACCUGCAACAGCAGCUCUCAACCUAAAGCUGUAGUGGAAACAGCUCCCUGCAUUCCCACCAAUGUUUCUGCCACUCUAAACUGUACAUCCAACAUUGCUUCCAUCACCUGGGACAGUGCACUUGGUGCCACUUGGUACUUGGUAAAGGCGGUAAGCAGCCAAGGGUACAAGACGUCCUGCAACAACACUGUCACAAACUGUGAUAUCCCAAACCUGCAGUGUGGCCAGGAAUAUUCCAUCACAGUCACGGGCAUGAAUGGUGUCUGCAUGGGCCCGGCUAGCCAGCCUGUCACUCUCGUCUCAGCACCGUGUCACAACACUGGCAUUCAAGCCAGUCUGGACUGCCGCACCAAUUCAGCACACAUUUCUUGGACACCAGGCAAUGGUACGUUAAGUUUCAAUGCAACACUACAGUCGUUCCAGGACCCCCAAAAGCACAGCUGCUUCACCAACGGCUCCUCCUGCAACAUCGGCUCACUGCCGUGUGGUCAGCACUAUAACAUCAGUGUCACAGGAUACGGCCAGACCUGUUCAACCUGUUCUAAAACCUUGGUCACUCUAGACACAGCUCCAUGUGUUCCCACUAAAGUCAAUGUGUCAUUAUCCUGUGGGUCGGACACUGCAUCUGUUUCCUGGGCAGCAUCUAGUGGCCUUGUUUCAUACUAUACAGUAACAGCAGUAGAUGAUAAUGGACAUACGCUAACCUGCAACUCCAGCAGCACUUCCUGUGACAUCAGCGGCCUGUCAUGUGGUCAGGCGUACAAUGUGUCAGUCACAGCUAUGAGUGUGGACUGCACUGGGCAACGUAGUGAAGUGCGUCGCAUCAGUACUGCUCCCUGUGACCCUCAAAACAUCACAACUGUGCUCCAGUGUGACACCAACACGGCCAACGUGACUUGGGCUGCCAGCGCAGGAGCUAAUGGGUACACAGCAAUGGCAACAGACAGGCAGCAGCAACGCUUAGCUUCUUGUCAAUCUAUGGGAACUUCCUGUCAGCUGACCUCUCUGCCGUGUGGGAUGAGACUAAAUCUUACUGUUCAAGCUGAUGGCACCACCUGUAACAGCAGCUCUCAACCUAAAGCUGAAGUGGAAACAGCUCCCUGCAUUCCCACCAAUGUUUCUGCCACUCUAAACUGUACAUCCAACAUUGCUUCCAUCACCUGGCACAGUGCACUUGGUGCCACUUGGUACUUGGUAAAGGCGGUAAGCAGCCAAGGGUACAAGACGUCAUGCAACAACACUGUCACAAACUGUGAUAUCCCAAACCUGCAGUGUGGCCAGGAAUAUUCCAUCACAGUCACGGGCAUGAAUGGUGUCUGCAUUGGCCCGGCUAGCCAGCCUGUCACUCUCGUCUCAGCACCAUGCCACAACACUGGCAUUCAAGCCAGUCUGGACUGCCGCAGCAACUCAGCACUCAUUUCUUGGACACCAGGCAAUGGUACAUUAAGUUUCAAUGCAACACUACAGUCGUUCCAGGACCCCCAAAAGCACAGCUGCUUCACCAACGGCUCCUCCUGCAACAUCGGCUCACUGCCGUGUGGUCAGCACUAUAACAUCAGUGUCACAGGAUACGGCCAGACCUGUUCAACCUGUUCUAAAACCUUGGUAGCUCUAGACACAGCUCCAUGUGUUCCCACUAAAGUCAAUGUGUCAUUAUACUGUGGGUCGGACACUGCAUCUGUUUCCUGGGCAGCAUCUAGUGGCCGUGUUUCAUACUAUACAGUAACAGCAGUAGAUGAUAAUGGACAUACGCUAACCUGUAACUCCAGCAGCACUUCCUGUGACAUCAGCGGCCUGUCGUGUGGUCAGGCGUACAAUGUGUCAGUCACAGCUAUGAGUGUGGACUGCACUGGGCAACGUAGUGAAGUGCGUCGCAUCAGUACUGCACCCUGUGCUCCUCAGUCUGUGGUCAGUCAGCUCUUAGACUGUCGAACAGGUGAUGUUCAGAUUAGCUGGCAGUCGAGUAAAGGGGCGCAGAUCUACUAUGCUCAAGCAAAAUCCUCUGACAAGACUCUGGUGUGUAACUCCACCUCCACGUCCUGCAUAAUCCCUGCAGUUGGCUGUGGGCAGACGUGCAAUAUCACUGUGAUUGCUGAGGCCACCGGCUGUAGCUCCAACGCCAGUGUGACCAGUCAGGUCACGGCAGGUCCUUGUGUACCACAAAAUGUGUCGGCCAGUGUAAGCUGUAGUAGCAACAUAGCAAGUGUAACCUGGGGGAGCAGCCAAGGUGCGGAGCUUUACACAGUGACAGCCAGCAGUGCUAAUGGCCUUUCAGCUAACUGCACCUCAACAUCUACUUCUUGUAACCUGUUAACUUUGACCUGUGGACAGUCUUACACAAUCACAGUGAAGGCAAAAGGCAGCAACUGCAGCAGUGGGAACAGUGCGCCUGUUCAAGUUCAAGCAGUGCCCUGCACCCCAAGUAAUGUCCUGCCCACCGUGGAUUGUGUCACAAAUGCUUUAGUGGUAUCAUGGACACCUGGUGCAGGAGGACAGUAUUACACAGCUACAUUGCAGGACAGCAAUGGACUGUCCACCACCUGCCAGUCUUCGGGCUCACAGUGUAAUGUGACGGGGCUCAGGUGUGGUCAGCUGUACCACGUCAAUGUGACGGCGUCAGAUGGUCUGUGCAGCAGCCCUCCCAGUGCUACUGUGAACACUAACUCAGCUCCCUGUGACCCGCAAAACAUCACGACUGUGCUCCAGUGUGACACCAACACGGCCAACGUGACUUGGGCUGCCAGCGCAGGAGCUAAUGGGUACACAGCAAUGGCAACAGACAGGCAGCAGCAACGCUUAGCUUCUUGUCACUCUAUGGGAACUUCCUGUCAGCUGACCUCUCUGCCAUGUGGGAUGAGACUAAAUGUGACUGUUCAAGCUGAUGGCACCACCUGCAACAGCAGCUCUCAACCUAAAGCUGAAGUGGAAACAGCUCCCUGCAUUCCCAUCAAUGUUUCUGCCACUCUAAACUGUACAUCCACCAUUGCUUCCAUCACCUGGCACAGUGCACUUGGUGCCACUUGGUACUUGGUAAAGGCGGUAAGCAGCCAAGGGUACAAGACGUCAUGCAACAACACUGUCACAAACUGUGAUAUCCCAAACCUGCAGUGUGGCCAGGAAUAUUCCAUCACAGUCACGGGCAUGAAUGGUGUCUGCAUGGGCCCGGCUAGCCAGCCUGUCACUCUCGUCUCAGCACCAUGCCACAACACUGGCAUUCAAGCCAGUCUGGACUGCCGCACCAAUUCAGCACUCAUUUCUUGGACACCAGGCAAUGGUACAUUAAGUUUCAAUGCAACAUUACAGUCGUUCCAGGACCCCCAAAACACAGCUGCUUCACCAACGGCUCCUCCUGCAACAUCGGCUCACUGCCCUCCAUGUGUUCCCACUAAAGUCAAUGUGUCAUUAUCCUGUGGGUCGGACACUGCAUCUGUUUCCUGGGCAGCAUCUAGUGGCCGUGUUUCAUACUAUACAGUAACAGCAGUAGAUGAUAAUGGACAUACGCUAACCUGCAACUCCAGCAGCACUUCCUGUGACAUCAGCGGCCUGUCGUGUGGUCAGGCGUACAAUGUGUCAGUCACAGCUAUGAGUGUGGACUGCACUGGGCAACGUAGUGAAGUGCGUCGCAUCAGUACUGCACCCUGUGCUCCUCAGUCUGUGGUCAGUCAGCUCUUAGACUGUCGAACAGGUGAUGUUCAGAUUAGCUGGCAGUCGAGUAAAGGGGCGCAGAUCUACUAUGCUCAAGCAAAAUCCUCUGACAAGACUCUGGUGUGUAACUCCACCUCCACGUCCUGCAUAAUCCCUGCAGUUGGCUGUGGGCAGACGUACAAUAUCACUGUGAUUGCAGAGGCCAACGGCUGUAGCUCCAACACCAGUGUGACCAGUCAGGUCACGGCAGGUCCUUGUGUACCACAAAAUGUGUCGGCCAGUGUAAGCUGUAGCAGCAACAUAGCAAGUGUAACCUGGGGGAGCAGCCAAGGGGCAGAGCUUUACACAGUGACAGCCAGCAGUGCUAAUGGCCUUUCAGCUAACUGCACCUCAACAUCCACUUCCUGUAACCUGUUAACUUUGACCUGUGGACAGUCUUACACAAUCACAGUGAAGGCAAAAGGCAGCAACUGCAGCAGUGGGAACAGUGCGCCUGUUCAAGUUCAAGCAGUGCCCUGCACCCCAAGUAAUGUCCUGCCCACCGUGGAUUGUGUCACAAAUGCUUUAGUGGUAUCAUGGACACCUGGUGCAGGAGGACAGUAUUACACAGCUACAUUGCAGGACAGCAAUGGACUUUCCACCACCUGCCAGUCUAUGGGCUCACAGUGUAAUGUGACGGGGGUCAGGUGUGGUCAGCUAUACCACAUCAAUGUGACGGCGUCAGAUGGUCUGUGCAGCAGCCCUCCCAGUGCUACUGUGAACACUAACUCAGUUCCCUGUGCAGCCAGCUCCAUCAGGGCAGUGUUGGAUUGUCAGCUGGGCACAGCCACUGUGUCAUGGCAGUAUGGUGCAGGUGCUCAGGGAUAUGCUGUCUCUGCCUUGGCACUGGUGAACAACAGGGCUAGCUGUACAUCCAACAGCUCCAUCACGCACUGUGAGCUGAGCAACCUGCAGUGUGGCAAUGAGUAUAGGAUAAACGUACAGAGUUUGGGAUACACGUGCAAUGCCAGUGCACAGAUGACCGGCUCCCUGAUCACAGCACCAUGUCUGUCCACCAGUGUGUCUGCCGUGGUGGACUGUGCUACAGAUUCAGUUCUGGUGUCCUGGAGUGCCAUCGCUGGGGCGGAGAAUUACUCCGUGGCUGCUUUGGGGUCAGGAGGUCAAAGGGUCUCCUGCUCAACCAGUCAGAACCACUGUAACAUCUCCUCCCUGCAGUGUGAUCAGCAAUUUAACCUCACCUUCAGCUCUACAAACCAACAAUGCCAAAUGACCUCCACCACCAAUGUCACGUUUCAGUCCAGACCCUGUGCACCACUGCAGCCGGAAGUCAAUAAACUGUGCGGUAACAAAAUGUCUGUGAUGUCUUGGGAUUUGAGAGAAGGAGUUGCUUACUACAUCGCCCGAGCCGUCAGUGCAGAAGGAGGAUACCAGCUCUGUAACUCCACCAACUCUGUUUGUUCCUUCUCUACUCUGGGCUGUGGAGAGACGUACACUUUCACUGUCACCGCCCACAGAGGCCAAUGCCAAAGUGAUGCCAGUGCACCUGUAUACCUCACUACAGAUCCUUGCAAACCAGAGAACAUGACUGCUCAUGUUUCAUGUGACAGUGAGACAGCAGCGCUCAACUGGUCAAAAGCCAAAGGGGCGUCAUUCUACACUCUGUUGGCAACAGGGAGUCUGGGAUAUAUUGUAGACUUCAGCACUACUUCUACUAACCUGUCUGUUUCACUGAUCUGUGGACAAAGCUACAGUGUGACUGUCCAAGCGCAUAACAUUUACUGUGAGAGCCAACCGAGCACUCCUGCAGUUUUCAGACUAGCGCCCUGCACACCCCUCAAUCUCGUGACAUAUGAGGAGUGUAACAACCAGUUGGGUUCUGUCAGCUGGGGUCCAAGUGAUGGGGCGAACAUGUACACUGCCACAGCAGUGGGUAGAGAUGGACUAACACAUCUGUGUGUUACUAAUGGGACCAGCUGCACCUGGGAGGACCUGCACUGCGGUGAAAUCUAUAACAUAACAGUCACUGCCAAUGACAGCCACUGCACGAGUGCACGCAGCAACAGCACCACCAUACAUAUGGCCCCAUGUGUUCCUCAAGCUUUGCUGCCCAUCCUGGACUGUGGCACAGGGGUGGGUACUCUGAGCUGGGCUUCCAGUGCUGGAGCUGAGACAUAUGAGGUGACAGCAGUGAGUGGAGAUGGGAAUAGACUGACAUUCAGUACCAACAUCACCAGUGGCUUCCUAUCAGGGCUGCUCUGUGGUCAACAGUACCAGAUCACAGUCAGAGCAAUUAACAGGCAAUGCACAAGUGUACUGAGUUCACCUGCUUACCUGUCAUCAGUUCCAUGUGUUCCUCAGAACGUGGUGUCUGAGCUGGACUGUUUGUUUAACUUUAUAAAUAUAAGGUGGAACGUCAGCCGUGGGGCGGCGUCUUACCUGGUGGUUGCCAAGGGACCUGAGGGUCCAGUGACUGCCUGUAACACAACUGCACAGCAGUGCAGACUGCAAACAUUACAUUGCAGCUCCUCGUACAAUGUCAGCGUCAUUGCAGUCAACCAGCAAUGCAACACAUCAGGAAGUUCCAUCUUACGAAUAAACACAGUGCCGUGUGUACCUAGUCAUGUGCAGGGGAGUGUAAACUGUACGACUGGAGGUGUAUCUGUAUCCUGGGACCCAAGCGUGAGGGCCAUUUCCUAUGCUGCUGUUGCUCAGACUAGUGGUGGCUACACUUCAGUGUGCAACACUACUGGAACUGCGUGUGUCUUCUCAGAUCUGCUCUGUGGGAUGAACUAUAGUCUAGCUGUCAGUGCCACUGACGGGACCUGCAACACUGCACAGAGUCAACCAGUUGUGCUGCGUACAGUGUCCUGUAAGCCACAGAAUGCUAGCGCCCAGCUCAGCUGUGACACCAACUCUGCUGUUGUGAGUUGGGAGUUCAGUGAUAACGUUACGCGUCACACAGUCCAGGCUACUGGUUCUGAUGGACAUCGCAUCAACUGCACCAGCUCCAACCAAAGUUGUACAUUAUCUGGCAUGCACUGUGGCCAGAGCUAUAACAUUACCGUCACUGCCUUGGAUGGAGUAUGUGACAAUAGCAACAAGCACCUCUGUCUGCAGUCAGCUCCAUGUGCACCUAGCAAUGUUCAGACAUCUUUGCAUUGCAACAUCAGCAAUGGUGGUGUUGUGUCUGUGUCCUGGGUGCAAGCAAAUGGGGCGGAGUCUUACACGGCUGUGGCUGUGUCUAAUGAUGGUCAUUCCUACUCUUGUAAUACCACCGCUGCCUCCUGUGAUCUGCAGGAACUGCAGUGUGGUCAGAUUUAUAAUGUAUCUGUCUACUCACUGGCUCGUGGCUGUGGGCGAGUGAAGAGCACUACGUCUCAGGUGCAGACAGCUCCAUGUCCCCCUCAGAACGUUUCUGCCAUUGUGCAGUGUGAUUUAGGGUCUGUGCUGGUGAGUUGGAACCCAGCAGUUGAUGCCAGCCAGUUCAGAGUUGAACUGGAGUCCGAGAGCACCGGUGCGAUCUCCUCCUGCAACAGCACAAACACGCAGUGCUCCAUUGCCCAUCUGCCCUGUGGAGAGAGAUUCAACCUCAGUGUGGUGGCACUGAGAGGCAGCUGUCAGAGUCAACCAAGCAGUGACCUUUCCAUCUCCUCAGCUCCAUGUAUCCCACAGGGGGUCAACGGUACUGUGGACUGUGUCACUAACUCUGCAUGGGUAUCAUGGGAUGUAGAUAAUGGUGCAGAAUCUUACACAGUGCUGGCUGUAAGGGACGAUGGUCAAAAUUCCACCUGUAGCAGCUCAAACUCCACCUGUAAUGUACCUGACCUGGGGUGUGGAAGGAGCUACACCUUUGUUGUCACUGCCUCAAACGCUGCUUGCUUGAGCCCACCUAGCAACAGCUUUCAGCUGGAGACAGCACCUUGUGCCUUGUCAUCCAUCAUGGUGGUGGCUGAAUGCCACAGUUCUGUUAUCAUGGUACAAUGGCAGAGAGCUCGGAGUGGAAAGUCUCUCUACAUUGCCACAGCAGAGGAUCAAGACCGUUCCCUCCUUUCCUGCAAUAGUUCCACUUCUUCAUGCAACCUUACCAAUGUGCAGUGCGACAAGGAGUACAUCAUCAUUGUAGCCGCUUCGACCAACCAAUGUAGCAGCCUCCGCAGCCCACCCUACAAGAUCAGAACUGCACCCUGUCAGCCCUCAUCAGUACAGGCCAAUGUAGACUGUCAGUCGAAGGAUGUGUUUGUGUCAUGGGACCCAUCAUACGUGGCACAGUCGUACCUGCUUACUGCAGUCGGCAGAAAGGGAGACUUGAAGACGUGCAAUACCUCGGACAAUAACUGCACGCUAAGUGAUCUGCGUUGCAGCAACACCUACUAUGUGUCCGUUUUAGCCAGUAACGAGAACUGCACCAGCCUGCCCAGUGCUAACAUCACCUUCCAAACGGUGCCGUGUGAGCCAGCCAACUUAACUGCAAACAUACAAUGCGGGAACAGUAGUAGUGCCUCCUUGUCAUGGGCGGGGAGUACAGGGGCGGUGGUCUACACGGGACUUGCUCAGUCAGAAACCGGCACAACUGUCUACUGUGAAACCACACACACGUCCUGUAUUCUGGAGGGCUUAGUGUGCGGCACUGUGUACAACUUUACAGUGCAGGCAACGGACGGCCUCUGCAACAGUUCCUUGAGUAAACCUCAAACUAAGGGAGCAGCUCCCUGUCCUCCAGCUGGAUUUAGGGUUGUCCCUCGUACAGUAGUGAAUGAAACUCAGAUCUUGAGGGCAUCUUGGUCUACUGUGAAUUGUCCUAAUUCUGAAUACCUCCUGGCACUCACGGGCAGCAUUCAAGGCAACAGCCAGGCACUCUUUGACCUCGCCUCCUAUUGGACAAGUCGCAAGUUCUUUGAGGUACCCCUCCCUUGUGGCUCCUCCUACAGCGCAACCAUCAGCGCGAGGAGCUCUGCCGCCACAAGCGACAAAUCUGCUGCCAUCACUGGAACCACAGUACCUUGUGCCCCUCUGAAUGUGACGUUCUCUGCAUCAUUGGCGGAAGUGGGAUGGAACGGGUCUCUAUUUGCUACAAACUACACUGUGUAUGGGGUUACUUCCUCUGGUAGGACGAAACUCUGCAUGACCUCAAAGCUCCUCUGCUCCGUCACCAAUUUCAGCAGUGGCCACAUUGUUGUAACUGCCAGCAACACUGCCGGGGAGAGUGAAGACUCAGUGCCUGUUUCAGUGACAGCAGGUCGCAGGAGGAGGUGAGACCUGGCACAAUGUGAGAAAGGCCUGACCAACCCUGAGUAAAUGCUUGUAUCGCAUCGCACUCAAACUAUUGCCUCUGAGAAUUCCUACGCUUACCUUGAAAUUUGUGAAACUCUGUGAUUUUUAACUUUUGCAUGUUACAAAUAUUCUGGUUCAAGGUUCACUUUUUUUUAUAUAUAUAUAUAUUUAAGGGUGGAAUAGAUUGACUGGGUAAACGAUUAACAUUAUUUCUUUUUAAAUGUCUUCCAAAAUCGGUUGUUUCUGGCUGAAGGAUUUACUUUCAUCCAAAUAUUUAAAAAAGUCUUAUACAAAUAUGCAUUCCUAUGUUUUUGUAUAUGAGUAGUUAUAUUAAAUACAAAGAGCAUUUCUCCAUGUGAUCAGUCUUAUAAAUUAUGACAUGUAAAAUAAAUUAACCAUAUACAAAACAACUGCUCUUCUUAUAAAAUUAAUGUUCUAACAAGAAACUGACAAGGGCACAACGGUGAAAGCAAAAAAGCAGUUAAAGAGUGUAUAAUAUUUUUGAGUGAAUGAACUGCUCAUCCCAUGAACCAACACACCUGACAACAGAAUCAAGUUGAUAAAAUAUAAAA